UGUGAUUGUCGUCAUGUCAUUUAAUUGUCACCUGUCAAAUUAUAAUUUUAUUUAUGCGUCAGUUCUAAAUAUCAUCAUUUUAAUUAGAUGUAGCAACAUGUUUACACCUGUUUCUGUUUCCCUGUCGGGCCCAGCGUUUUCAUUUCUGCUUUACGAGAACAGCAAAUCCCGUUUUCAGCAGGAGGGAUUCCUUCUAGGGGAAAUAGUACAUAAAGAAACGAAGACUAUCACUGACAAUGAUCAGCAACAGAUCAACAUUUCCCGUACGAUUAAAAUCAAUUCGAUGAUGCCAUGCCCACAACCUCACUAUUUCUACAAUGGGCUGGGAAAGAUUGACAGGGAUAAGAUAAGGGAGUUCCUGGGAAAUCAGUUCACCAAAGUCGUUGCUUGGUAUAAAUAUCAACGAAUCUCUAGUUUUAAGUUUACCCUGAAGGACAAGAUUUUGCAUAAACAGUUGCAGGAUUUCUUCAACAUCCCCCCCGAACUGUUUACUUGCUGCUUACUCAUUAAUGAGGUGUCAGACAAUGGCUCUACCCAUCUGUAUUCACAGGCGUUUAUGAGAUGUAAUAAUACCAUUUACGAUAAGCUACCAGUUCAUAUUCCUAACUUGAGCGAACCUAAUAAUACCUAUAAGAGCUCCGAGCCAUCUUCUGCUACAUUUAAUAAGAUAAUAAAUGAUUUGAAGAUCGACAGAAAAAACACUCAGGGUCUUGUUGUUAUAAAUAAGAUACAAAAUGCCUUACAAAAACACAUAGACACUGUCAUAGAAAAUUUAUCCGAGGCAGAAAAGUACCUUCACAGCUUGGAAGAAGAAAUAAAACAGUUGGAAAUAAUGCAGAAACUGAAGAAAUUAAACGAUCAAAGCUCGAAUGACCACGAUUCUUCCAUUGUAUCCAAUAGUAGUCAGUCAUCAGAGAGUUCCCCAUACAUAAGGAGGAAUAGUAAAAGUCGGGACCCCAUCGAUAGUUCCGAGGAAGGUUCUCCAGAAUUCCAGAGGAAGCCUGGUAGGGGUCGGGGUGGCAGAGGUAGGGGCAGGAGGAGAGGUGGGGCAACGCAGAAAGACAUUAAGGAGGUCAAUGCAGAAUCGUCAAGACUGAGAAGGAAGGAGUAAAUUAUGUUCAUUUUAGAUGUUGGAGAUGAUGGAUUUAUGAAAGUAUUUGUUUUAUUGAGUCAAAUGCUUUCCGUUUAAAGAAGUAUAAGUUGAAUUGAAUAAUAAAUUAAGCGAAAAUUAUUUUAUCCUAAAUAAUAUAUUUUAAACCAAAAA